AUGCAAGUCUUCACGGUGUUCGUCGUGGUCGCCGUCGGCGUCGGCGUCGCGUCUGCCGACAGCUGCUACGCGUGUUCCGGCACCUGCCACAGCGACCACUGCAACUGCCAGGUCAGCCGCGUUUCCGCCCAACUUUGCGACGUUUGUUGCGAUGCUUGACCGAGCCCAUAAGUGGCGUCCAACGACCUCGUAAACGGCCUCUGUUCAUCGUAAAUGAAGCUAAAAGGCCCCGUCCGAGCGCCAGUUAACUGCUCCUCAUACGAGCAGCUCCUAGCAGCGGAAUGAAUUUUGUAGAUGGGUUCGUGCCACGCCAACCAGUGCUUCAGCGAGCGACGGCCCACCGAAGUGCCUGGCGUGAUGCGCAUCACCAAAGGUAGACAUUUGGAAAUCUAAGAAAUAAAAAUAACUCUACUUUGAAAAUGACACAGCUGAGCUUUUUUUAUAAAUAUUAAAAUUUUGGAAAAAAAUAUAUGAUUAACAUUGACAACCAGCUUUAUGUGCUGUAAGUUUGAUUUCUCUGGUCGAAAAAAACUCAUCACGAGCUUCAGAUUAUAAUAGUCCGAAAGUAUCGGUCGAAGUUUUUCAGAAAAAAAAGUGUGAAAAAUAAGCUUCGAGUAAAUAUAAUGUUUUCCGAAAUGACUUUUCAUCGACCAAAGUUUAUCGAAAGUACCCCAUCCAAUACAAUAAAAACCCUCUCAUCGAGUCUAGCAAAAAAAUUUUUUUUUUUGGUAAACAAAUGUAAACAAAAAAAAACAUCUCUUCAGUAUAAGCAUAUGGUUUUUAAUUAAAUGUCCUGUGAGUAGAAGAAAACGAUUAAUAUCUUCUCCUCGAGAAAAAAUUUGUCGCGCAAAAGUCCAAUUUGGCUCGUUCCUUUGUUUUAUGUCUCCGUUUUGAGUGUGAGAGAUGGAAAGCGUUUGUUGUUUCCGUGACGGCUGAAAAAUGGGUUCGAUCUAGCGGAGCAUCGUUUUUCAGGUUGUCUACGACAUUCCUCUCGACGUCACGCCGGCUGCGAAUACGACCACUUCAGGGACCACGUCUCCUGUAUAUGCAGCGGUAUUUUUUUCGGUUUUUGAAAUAUGCAAGUUACUUAAAUUUCACACCGCUCAAAACUUUUAAAGCGAUCUUUUUUAGAUUAAACUGAAAAAAAUUGGAACUUUAAUUUUUGAAAAAAAACUUAUAAAACUCCCAGCGACUCAGGUCGGUUCUGUAAUGAGAACAUUACGAAGCCGCACCAGCCGCGUCCGGUGACGUGCCGAUCCUGCACCGAAAAGAAUCCGGACUGCGACGACCGCUGCACCGGCCAUUGGUACUGAGAAGACGUCGUCGAGGUCUGAAGAAGUCCUUCAGGUGCCACGAAGACAGCACGACAGGCGCCUCCGGAUGCGGCUUCGGACCACCAGCUCUGCCGUUCUUUUUCAAAGGCCCCGAAGUGUUCUACUACCGGAACAAGCAGUGUGUCACUCUCUCGAGGUCCGUUUCCACUCGACUUGCUCCGGGAAAUCAACCGCUCAGAGGUGCUGGAAAGCCCCGACGUCAUUGCAUCUGCAAUACGGACAUGUGUAACACCGUCUUCAACUACAACUUCAAACCAGAACGCUUGCAGUUGUCGCUGCAGCGCGAACGAGAUCGUGAAAACAGUCUGAGGUCACGAUCGCUUGUCAUGAGGUUUUUUAAAAACAGAUUUUGCGUCCGAUUCGGCUCAUUUUAUUCUCUUCCAACUAUAAAAAAAACUCAGCACUCCUGAUUUUUCUCUUCCGCUCUACAACUGCAUCAACUGCGAGAUGAACACGCAGGACGCCGGCUCUGUGACGUCAUCUUGUAAGCAGAACCGAUGCAAAGGUGAUUCUUUCAAAAAGGGACGGAAAUGAUCCUCUUCAGGACACUACUGCACGUACGCCUCGCAGCGCCACUUCAACAAAGCCUCGACCCGCGCGAGUACCCUCGUGUCUAUGAACGAACUCCAAGGCUGUCUCAACGUUUCCGACAGCGGUCAGGUAGCUCCUCCUCGAGGUUCUUUCACUCGCCACAUUUCAGCUGCAAAUCGGCUGUUCUCGCAAAUGGAUGCCCGAUGAAUACGAAGAGGUGUUGUGCGCGUGCCGUGGCAACAUGUGCAAUCGCGACGAAAUCACGGCCGAUUCCAUUUUUGUCUUUCCACUUUUUCUCAGCUUCCUAUCUUGCCUUUUAUCCUUCCUGUGA